GACGGUGACGAAGUACCACGAAUUCGUUACCUGUCUACUUCGUUCCUGUCAAAAAGGCGGAGUAUAAACAAUUAAUAAAUCCAAUAUAUACUUAUGUAGAUGGAAAAAGAAAUAUAAAUCUAACUUAUCAGAUAGGACCAUUAACCAUGGCUAGUGCGGACCAUACAAAGUGCAAGUCCAAGAGUGGACAUAUCGUUGUCGCAGCCAUGGACUUCGGAACCACUUAUUCUGGCUAUGCAUAUUCCCUGAUCCACGAAUACGAGAAUGACCCAACAAAAGUCUUUGCCCAUACCAAAUGGGUUGCUGGCUCACAGCAGCUUAUUUCUCUGAAGACGCCCUCAAUUUUGCUUCUAAAUCCGGACAAAACGUUUAAAUCGUUUGGCUACGAGGCCGAAAAUGACUACGGGGAUCUGGCGGCUGAAGGCAAACACAAGGAUUACUAUUACUUCAGAAGGUUUAAGAUGUUACUCUAUAACUCGGAAGGCUUAAAACGCGACAUGAUCAUAGAAGACGACAAGAAAAAGAAGAUGCGAGCGAUACAGGUGUUCAGCUUGUCCAUUAACUACCUAAAGAACCAUCUUUUAAAGGGUCUACAAACAAAAUUUCCUGAGAUGAAAGAGACCGAUAUUAUGUGGGUUUUAACAGUGCCUGCGAUAUGGAACGAUGGGUCCAAGCAGUUUAUGCGAGAGGCAGCUCAAAAGGCCGGAAUCAGAAAGGAAAGUUUGAUUAUUGCUCUUGAGCCGGAAGCUGCGUCAUUAUUCUGCAUGCAUCUUCCGGUCGACAAAAUGUGUGUGGAGGGAAAUGUGAGUCAGUCGUCUGCCAAGGUCUCACCAUUCCAGAAGGGAACAAAAUACAUGGUCGUUGACGUAGGAGGAGGAACAGUAGACAUCACAAUUCAUCAAGUCGUUGAUAAGGACAAACUGAAGGAGAUUGAUUAUGCAAGUGGAGGAGCCUGGGGAGGGACGAUGGUAGACGCAGCUUUCCAGGAAUUUCUUAUUAAACUGAUAGGAAAACACGUAUAUGAGAAAUUUGAAAUUGAUUGUAAAGAAGAUUUGGUGCAUUUGUAUAGGGAAUUUGAGACCAAGAAACGAAAUAUAAUUCUGGGAAAAGAGGGAAAAGAAACUAUGAAAAUUCCUAUCGCAUUAGUUGAAACAUAUGAAAAUAUGAUGGGCAAAAAGUUGAAAGAUGUCGUUGAUAAAAUGAAAGGCGUUUGUGACACAGUAAAGAUAACGGGUGACAAAUUAAGAGUGGACGCGGACAUUAUGAGAUCGUGGUUUGAUAUGUCUACCAAGAAGACUAUUCAGCAUGUUCAAAAGUUGUUUCAGCACAAGAACGCCAAGGAUGUAAACACGAUCCUUCUGGUUGGCGGGUUUUCCGAGUCUCCGAUGUUGCAGGACGCCAUGAGGAAAAACUUCAGAGACAAAAGACUCAUCAUUCCCGAGGAUGCCGGUCUCGCAGUUCUAAAAGGGGCCGUUAUUUUUGGUCAUAAUCCUGUGACGAUAGUCUCUAGAAUAGCUAAAUUUUCUUAUGGCGUUAGGGUGUAUCGCGAUUUUCAAGAUGGCGUCCAUCCAAAUGCCAAGAAGAUCUGUGUUGGAGGGAAAGUUAAAUGCAAAGAUGUGUUUGCUAGUCAUGUCAAAAAGGGUCAAGAGUUAGUUGUAGGGGAAGCUCAGUCCAAUCAACGUUAUACACCCUUAGAGGCGGACCAGAUGUCGUUAAUUUUUGACAUCUACACAUCCACGGAGGAAAAUCCUAUGUACGUUACGGAUGCCGGAUGCGUAAAUGUAGGUCAACUUGAGGUCGAAGUUCCGGAUCUUUCCGGCGGGAAAGAACGCGGCGUCUGGGUGCAAAUGAUCUUCGGAGGAACGGAAAUUGUAGUUGAAGCAAAAGACGAAAAGACUGGGAAAAUUACUAAAUCAAGUUUUGAUUUCUUGCAGGAUUCGAGCCAGUCCAGUGACGCGGAGUGAUGAUGGAUUCGAGCCAGUCUAGUGACGCGGAGUCAUGAUGGAUGACAAGAAAAAGCACCGCCAACAACUUAUAUUAUUUUCUAAUUCUGUGAUUUCUUACAUUUCUGGUGACCUUUUGUAUGUCUCAUAGCUGGAGUAUUUUAAUCAACCAUCGCGAACGCGCGAGCUGGAUAUAAAGGGUGGAAGGAAAGUUCGUUCCCAUUGGGAAAAUAAACAAAUGUUGCAAAUAGACGGAAAAGAAGUCGUGUACAGUUUUUCAGUCAUGCAAAAUUCUGAUAUGUUGACUUAAUGCCAAUACAUAUUUGGUGAAUUCAA